AGCCGCUGUCAGUUUCAUACUCAACAUACAGUAACUCUGUUUGUUUAACGUUAAUAAUUGAACUAAAAAAUUGAUCCUAUUAGUAAUCGUUACUGAGUUAGCAACUAUUUAAAUUUUCUAGAAGUAGAAAAACGGUUUAAAAAUGUCUUGCUGCGAUGGUGAAGAUGAAGAAGAACAACAACCAGAACCUACCAGAGUUCGAGGAUGCACAGAUAUUUUUUGGUUGUGUCUUUUCAUAGGAUUCUGGUUUUUAUUGAUUAUGAUUGCUGCCUUCGCUUUAGUUUAUGGUAGUCCUAUGAGACUCAUUUAUGGCUAUGACAGCUUUGGAAAUACUUGUGGGAUGAAAACUAAUCAUCCUGAGAUUCAUGAAGUGGAUUUAUAUGGUUUAGACAAUACUGAUAAACCAUUUUUAUUUUUCUUCGAUCUCAAAGAUAUUAAACGAACGUUGAAAAUAUGUGUGAAGAAAUGUCCUGAUCGCACUAUGAAUACAAUAAGUGAGUUAUGUAAGUUUUAUAAAGACACUGGCUCGCAAUUAUGCUAUGAAGAUCCAAAGCUUGGAUUCAGUGCGUGCAGUGAAAAUAAGAAAAAUACUACUGGGCACUGUCCUCAGCUUCCUGUUUAUGACAGUAUACCGAUUUUGAAUCGAUGUGUGCCACGAGCCGUUAAAGAUGUUACGUCUGGUUUAAUUUAUAAUUUGUAUGGAAUUCUUAACUCAUGGGACGUUCUUGAACAAAUCCUUGGAGACUUAUAUAACACUUGGAAGGAAAUAUUGGCAUUAUCAUUUCUUGCCUUUGUGUUAUCAUUGUUCAUGAUUGCAAUUUUCCAUUUACUCGCAAGUCUGGUCACAUGGAUUGUCAUGAUUCUUGUCAGUGUUGCAUGUAUUACUGGCAGUGGUUUAUUGUGGUGGACAUAUAUAGACAUUAAAAAAACCCUAGAUGCCACCGAUUCUAGUGAACUUUUAGAAAAAUCUGUGAGAAAUGAAAGAGCUUUUUUUGUAUUUGCAAUAAUUGCUACAAUUAUUACCAUAAUUUUACUCUUCUUGGUGUGCUUCUUGCGACGAAGAAUAAGUUUUAUGACUGAACUCUUUAGAGAAAGUGCUAAAUGCCUGGCUCAGUUACCAGGAUUAUUUUUCCAACCAUUAUUAACCUUCAUUGCCUUAUUAUUCUUUUACUCUUUUUGGGUCAUCGUUAUUUUAAGUCUUGUCACAACAAAUCAUCCAAACAACAAUUCAAUGUUUAUGUUUAAUUCCACUGGAAAUAUUCAUUUUCCUAAUUCUACUGCAGUAACUUCAGUAAAUCAAGCAAAAAAGAACUUAACCAAUAGUGAACUUCCUCGAUUUUUAGUAGAGUAUAUUGAUCCAGUUUUAAUCAAAUAUAUGUGGUGGGUUUACGUAAUUGCGUUAAUCUGGGUCUCAGAAUUCAUCACUGCUUGUCAAUGUCUCGUUAUUGCUGGUUCUGUAGCUCAUUGGUACUUCAGAGGCAAAGAUGCGAGUGUUUCACCAGUAUGUUCAUCAAUGGGAAAGUUGGUUGCUUAUCAUUUAGGUUCGGUAGCAUGUGGCUCGUUCUUGAUUACGCUAUUCAAACUGCCUCGUCUAAUUCUAACUUAUUUACAUCAAAAAUUCGAAAGGACUAAAGAAACAUCACCAUGUUCUCAAUGUGGUUUGAAAAGCUGCAUUUGUUGCUUCUGGUGCCUUGAAAGAUUUAUUCGAUUCAUGAAUCAUAAUGCUUAUACAGUUGUUGCUAUUGAAGGCACCAACUUUUGCCGCGCUGCUAGAAUUGCGUUUACAACGAUUGUCAGCAAUGCUGUACAAUUAGCAGUUAUUAAUGGAAUAGGAGACUUCAUUCUAUUUUUAGGAAAAGUCUUUGUCACUGCAGCUACAGGAAGUAUUGCUUUAUUGUUUAUGAAGCAAGAUCCUCGACUACAUUUUUACGCAGCUCCAAUCUUUGUGAUAUGCGUAUUCGCUUUCUUUAUCGCUCAUUGUGUAAUAUCUCUUUAUGAGACAGUGAUCGACACAUUAUUUUUAUGUAUUUGUGAAGAUAAAAAUCUCAAUGGUGAAAAUGGUAAAUGGAAACAAUCAGGUCUCGCUCAUAUAGGAUCGAAUAAUUCGAACAGUAAUGGGCAACAUGAAUUGUCUCCCAUGAAUCAAUCUGGUUAGUUUUAUACAUUAAAAAUACAAAAUAUUUUUAAAAUAUUCACAGUUAUCGAUCAAAAGUGUCUUCAAGUUUUAAAAGGCCUAACAAAUUUUAUUGUAUUUUAUAUACCAAGUUCUAGCGAUUAUUUUUAUGAACUUGGCCAAAUAAUUAAUAUUAAUGAAUUUAAUGCAUGAAUUAUAUAUUUGUAAAUUUUUCGGAAUCAUGCAAACUAAUAUUCAUGAAAAAAAUCACUUAGGUUAAUUUAAUAGCGUGCAAUAAUUCAUGCCUAUAUUUUAAUCAAUUUUACAUUAUGUAUACUCUACUUAUACUUAUUAAUUAUGUUAAUAUUAAUAUUAAUUUUUGUAUUUAAACAACGCACAAUUUUAAGUACAACGCCUACUAUUGUAUUUAAUUAAUUGAAUGAUCAUGUUAAUUUUUCAUUCCAUUUAAUCAUCUAAGGUACAAAAUAGUGUGCAAUUUUUAAAAUCGUGAAUACGAAAAAGCUUAAAUCUGUGCCUUGCAGUAUUUUAUAUAUUGGGUUGAUACAAAUAGUUUUGCAUUUUAUGUAAAAUAUCUGUGCCUGAACUUGUGACACAAGAAAAUUUUUCUAACCACAUUCGUGGUUGAAAGUUUUUUUUUAGCAGAGAUAUUUGUAUCAAUCUGAUUUUCAAUUUUUCGAAAAAGUAUUUUUUACCAAGCCAUGUAAAUUAAAGACUAUGAUUAAUUUACUUUUUUGUAUAUGAUAGCAGUUAAAUUACGGUUAUAAGUGAAAACAGGCCUUAUAUAAUUCAAUCAAAUUAUAAACAAGUACAUUGUUUCUUUAAUAAAAAUUUGAUAUUUUAAAUUUUAAA